AUGCAAGAGCGAGAUCGAGAGCAACGAGGAUAUGAGUCGGGGUGUCGGAGAAAUUACGAAGCAAGUAGCAGAUCGACGUCACUCGUGCGGAUGUCGGGGUUUCCAGCUGACCUCCACAGAGAAAGGGGGCAGUCGACACCUGAGAAAGAAGGCGACGAGAAGGCAGAGGAAAAUCUUGAUGUCGCUCGCGAGAGGUCUGUGGACUCGCGCGUGCAGAGUGAACCAGGCUGUAGCGAUCGCGAUACGACAGGGUCAACGAAGAGUUGCUUGAGGCGAGCGUCCGUCUCGAGCACGUCUGCGCUGCCGCCACGUCCAUUCGCUGACAAUUUUCGUAAGAACACAGGCUCACGGACAGUUGACGACAGUGACGACGAAUAUAGCUCUCCUUCGGACGACAGGGUAGAACGUUCACACAAAAGACCGUUGGGAAGCGCGAAGUUUGGAAACCUUGAUGUGCGCCAGGCUGGAUUUACAAGUUUACGUGCGGAUUCGGUGGAUAAACAUGGAAGGAAAAGCGCAACUGGUGUGUCUCAUGUUAUGCGCCGCAUGCACUCAACUGACGUGAAAGGGGAUCAUCAUAUGCAAGAGAACUCGAUGGAUAAAAUGCACGCCUUUACUGAUAAAGUACGACGUGCUACUUCCAUCGUUGAUGCUGAGUUAGACUUGGGCCAGGCUCGAGGAUACGAAAAGUUGACGAACACGGCCAUGGAAGCGAGGGAAGACAAAAGAGGUCAUGGUGCGCCCUACGCAGACGAAAAACAGAGUGAAAUGAAAAGGGCAGCUGUUCUUUGUGCAAGAACCGGUGUGAAAACUCAUUUCUCUUUACAUUCACCAGACAUGUUCGGGGAUUUGGACAAUAAAAAGCCGCGACAAACAGCUUACGUGAAGUCGUCAGAAGAGUCUGUCUCGGUGGAAGAUGGAGUGCACAGUCACAAGGGGAGCUCAGCUGUUUUCGAUGAGGGGCUAUGUUCUUCCAAUUCCAAGCGUGGCGCUGACGCUAGCACGGGCGCUUCAAUCACAGUACAUCCCACUGCGCUUCAUGAUGAGAACGCGGAACUUGAAAUGAAGGAGAUUGUUAAGCAAGAGCCGCCCGACGAUAAUUGUACAGCUACAACAGGCACUCGAUCAGGUAGGCCUGGCAAAGUGGAUGAUGGAGUGUACCUUAGGUUGGACAACGAGGUAAUUCUGCCGCUAGACGUUAAGGUAGAAAGUGCGGAUGUCUACGACAACAUGCGUAUAGCUGUGAAGACGGCUUCCAGUGCGACCGCUGAUCGGCAGGUGCCGCUCACGAGUGCAAUCGUGUCCGCCACUACGGAUAAAGAGUGCGUUCGCGAUCUGCAAGUUGAAAGAGACCAGGUUGAAGUGAGUGAGAGGGUGGCGUCAUCGACCAGAACUGACUCGGCACAGCGGGGCAUUACGGUUGCUCACGAUAGUCUUCCCAACAGCAAAAUCGGCCUAGCGGUCGUCUCACUCGACGUUUUUUCGAGAGGCCAACGUGUUGCGGAAACCGUGACGAUUCAUCAGUCGCCUGAAAGGGGAAAUGGACGAGAGAAUCGGGCUAGAAUUGAGCGCAGUAGAACUGAUCCUUCAUCGACUGUGUUCCCGGACUAUGGUAAACCACGAUCGACGUCGUUUUCUUCUUUUGGCUUACCGAACAGCGGUCGGUGGGAUGAAACUAAAAAUGACGAGGGCAGGAAAAGUUACUGUGCUGAUCCAGCGUUUACAUCAAGGGCAGUACGCGGUGAUAAUCAGGAAUCGAAUUCGAAGCAAAGAAACGCGUCGCGAUGUUUGAUUGACAAACAUACCGCGGGGCAUUGCGAGCGCCCCGCGCGUAGUAUUUCUGUCCCUUUUUCGGCACUUCCAGAAGGCAAGAAUUAUGGAUUGUCACACGCUUGGCAAGAGUCAGCACAUGUUGGUGGGACGAGAAAGUUUCAAUCCGUUGCAUCCUUCUCGAGUAAGUCAUCCUCUUCUAAACCUCACCAUAUUUCAGCUACCAACGGGGAUGACCAAGGUAAGGGCCGUCACAUCGAUUCGAAGAGUGGUAAUAUGACGGGGCCAGGGGUCAGCACAGUUGCCAAAGCCUCUCCACGAUCAGCUCUGACGAGCGAACUAUCCGUGGUGGCUAAUCAGCUUUCUGCAAAAGAUGACUGGAACUUGGGUGCACAGGAAGAGUUGCCAUCACUACCGGAUAUUCCUCUUCCAAGUACCGAAAAUCGCGGAAUCUCUUCACCUUCGGUCGCGGAAGAAGAAACGUCGACUAAACGGCACCGCCCUCGUUUGGGCUGGGGCCAAGGACUUGUUGCACCGUCGCCACCCCCUCUUGCGAAGCGGCAACGUAUUGGUUGGGGCCAGGGUUUGGUACAGCAAAAUGACGAGCUGCAAAAUGAUACGGUUGCGCUUGCGGAUGGAGACGACACUAGCGAAACCGACGCAAGCAAUACGCAAUUUACUGCUGUGUCUCCAGAUUCUGAGCGCCCAAUUGUCAAACUUGAACCCGAAAGAUGCGAGCAGGACUCCGGAGGGGGUGCGAACGAGAUAGACGAUUGUCCUGUUGAAGAAGUUGCUUUUACGACACAUGAAAUGGAUACACAAUUGAAGUCAAAUGCUGUCGAGAAAUCGAAACCGACUACUCCUGUGGCGAAGGAAGCAGAAAACGUCGACAAUUCGACGGCACGGUUUGAUGAUACCGCAAAAGACGACAUAGCACCUAAAAUACUGUCAAAAGAAGAAGUCCUUUCUACCAUAGAUGUUCUGGACUCAGAUAUUGCAGGUGUGAAAAAGGAGAUCGAGGUACUGCAACGAAGGAUAGCGGACGCAGAGGCCAGAGAGAAGUCGCUGUGUGAACCUGCCGACAACGUCCUUGUCUCAGCUGCUAAAUCUGCAUGUACAGCUGGUUCUGCUAAUGUGAGCAGCGCGACGACUGAGGUUACUAGUGGUGAAUUAUUACGUGCGCCUACAGAAACAGUGUCAGACUUGGCUCUACUAAAGUCACCUGUGAAAAUAGCGGUCGAUACGAAGAUUGUCGAGCUGCUAGCAGACGUGUUUUCUGAAAACUUACGCAAAUCGGCUGCCGCAAACGAAGCGAUACCAAAACGGAUUGAGCAGGGUCAAUUGGCGACCAAAAUUUAUCACCAACCUAGUGACUAUCCAUUUUAUCAGGCGAACAUCAAUCGUGGGAAGGCAAUUGCCAGCCAAGUGCGUUUGAAAGUACAAAUGCGUAAUCGUGCGCGCCACGAAUACGUGAAGAAACUAGCGCGGGAGUACGUGGAGUUAAAGAAAUCAUGGAAACUGGAUGUGAAGAAAAUGGAGAAAGAUCGUAAACGCCAAGAUAAGAUACGUAUGAAACAGCUACAAAAGCAAAAGGUAAAAAGCAUGAGCGAAAGUGGACCUAUUCGAACGACAAAUACCAUUCAUCAGAGUCCUCAUGUUCAGCAGCUAGUUGCAGCUGAGAAAGCAGCCGAAGCUGCUGGCGAAGGUACGAUAGUGCGAACGUCGUCUCGGCUAACAAACAACUCUUGUGCUGACUUGGAGAACAGCGAUUUGGAAAAAAUUGAGCAAGCGAAGGCGCAGGCUGUUAUUGACCAAGAGGUCCGAAAGAAAAGACUGAAAAAUGCGUUAUCAACUGUAAUUCCAGACAUGCUACUUACCUCAGAAGAUCGACUGCGACGUCAAUUUAUACGCUUCGUUAAUGGUCAAAGUUGUAUGGCCGAUGGGCUUGUAACGGAUUGGAAAUUGAAAGAAAAAGCAGAGAUGAAAAUAAACCCGUGGAACGACUUAGAGAAGUGCAUCUAUAUGGACAAGUUUCUACAAUUCCCGAAAAACUUUCCACGAAUUUCAUCGUUUUUGAGCAAUAAGACUACUGGAGACGUGAUCGCGUUUUACUACCGAACCAAAAAAGUUGCCGACUACAAGGCGCUGCUGCGAGAGCAGCAAUUGCGGCGCCGCGGAGCAGGGUCAAAAAAUACUUGGAGUUGCUGGAACCUGUCAGCGUGUGCAGCAAUUUGCCUUGGCGUUCAGUUUCCAGGUUAUGUCGCCAAGCUGUUGCUGCACCCCUCAAACUUUCGUUCUCACCAAGCUUCUGACAACAUUCUUCAUUCGGCGGGUGCCCAGCGUCUUUUGCGUGUCUCAGCAGGAAAGACUGGGAGAAGUCGCAAAACGAAUCUGGAUACCAGCGUCGUAAGCGGCACUGGUGCUGGAGGUUUGUCUGCAUUGGACAUGGUAUCGGGGUCAAAUUACACGUUAUCUAUGAGCUCGUCCGCGAGAGUCGAACUGACUGAUAUUAUUGAUUCGGGGGACUUUUUGCAGACUGCCGAAUUCAACUUGUAUACCCAGCAGCUGCAGCAGUUCGUUGCAGGACAGCAACGGCCAUUUCUCGUAGAUUAUGCAGCACUGCUCACCGACAAUUCGUACUGCACGGGAUAUGAAGUCUCGACCCUGUCUGUUGAGGAACGGCUACAUAAGCAUCCAAUUCCAAGUAAGGAACUUGAGUCCGCUCUUAGUAUGACGAUGGUAGGUGCAGCAUGCGCGUCCCAAGAAGUCACGAAGGGUAAAAGACAAAGUCUGGCAGUCGGGCUACAUGUUAGUCCGAAAAGUGGAGGCAUACCCAUGACAAAGAAAGAGUCAAAGCAGCAGCGUAAAGCAAAAAAGACACAGGAGGGAGCUCCUGCGUUGUCGACUGCGGCAACAUCACUAGCUUCCCCCCAAGCAGCUGGAAGUGUAGGUGGUGAGAAAGUGGGAAGUCUCAGCAGAAAGAAACAUGUUGCGGUUUGUUUACCAGCUCUGGAUGUUCCGGUGAGCGACUGCGGUGCGCCUUCAAUCCCAGAAGAAGAGAACACUUUGCAAAGCGGCAAGAAAGUGGGCCGAAGCACUAUUAAUAAUUCUAGUUUACGUCGGAACAACCAUCAGACGAGUGCUGUGAAUUCGUCCCCGAAAGCUGAUGCUGUGUCGGAAGCGGCGGUAGGAGAAGUACCAACGAUAUCGGACGAAGCCCCGUUCGACGGCACAGCAAAAAAGAGUUUUGGCGGUAUCGUUACAACGCAUGCAAACACAAAAGCUUCGUCUCCGUCAGCAAGUGCUGUGGUUGGCGGGGGUAGCGCUAGUACUGCUGCUCCCGCAAAGCGCGUGGUGCAGAAGUGGACUGAAGGAGAGAAGGCAGAUUUUCUGAAGUAUUUUUCGCAAUUCGGGAAAGACUGGGCAACACUUACGGAGAAUAUCCCUACGAAGACCGCUGCUCAAGUCAAGAAUUACUAUCAAAACUACAAGAACAGGUUAAACCUUCAGGAUAUAUUAAAGCGUCGGAUUGAAAUUGCGGCGGCUAGUGGUGGUGGUGUCGGUAAGGGUGUACUGCAUUCAGUGACGCCUAUUUCAGCCGUGGCAAAUGAGAAUACCGCUGCAUCUCCUCGGUCCGCUGCUGCAAGCUUAAUGAGCGGGACAUUGCGACAAGGGGGCCGCUCAGUUGAGCAGCCCGGGGGGCUUUCCAUGGGUAUGGCAAGCGGAUCAAUGACAUCGAGUGCCGGUGAUGCGGACCUUUCAUUCCAGGCCGCUCUAAGUGCAGCUCAACCAGGGUUGCAUGGCGUGAAUGUAUUACCGGAACAGUCGAUGAACAAGUUUGGUAUGCAAGCUCAUCACGUGCAACAGCAGCAACAGCAUUCCCGUGAAAUGGUGAAUUCGGCAUCCAACUCGGAGCGUUAUUUAAAACUGCUAAAUAUGCAACAUCAAUUGCAGCUCAUGCAGUUUCAACAGCAGCAGAAUUCGCAAGGGAUGACGUCCGAUGGCACAGGAGUGGAUAGCGGCAAUGCGUAUCAUGAAAGUCAGGUGCAAGCAGCGAAUGCACAGCGGUUGUAUCAAUUUUCGUGUCAGCAACAACAUCAAGUGCACCCUCACCAUUUGUCGAUGCAAGCUCUACAGCAGAUGGGUCUGCCAAGUUAUUCUCAAAACCCGGCAAACAGCCAAGAGUUGCAACUUCCGAUGCAGCAGCAACAGCAGCAAGUACGAGGGACAUUUGUAGAGACGGCACAUCCAAGUGGAUUGUACCAGCCCAUGGGACAGAUGCAAGCUCAGCACCCACAAGCCGCCAUUGUCGGGGCGCAAAUGAGCAUGUCCUCAGUAUGCGCCCAGCAGUAUGACAGACUGACUGAUUCAAGCGGAGAAACAGUGGCGGGCGGAGGAGGUGUAUCUGCUAGGGAUAACGCUGGGUGCUCACCAGGCGUGAUGGGAGGUCAUGAUGCCUCACAACGAUCGAUGUUGAAUAUUGCCUUGUUAGAAGGGGAAACCGGUGGUAGUGUGAUGCUUCAAGGCACCAUCACCGCCGAUAAUCCACGCCAACUGACGGCUGCUUCUCGCUCAACGGCGAUGGAAAGCAGCAGACGACCACAGGAAGUUGAGCCAAGACAAUCUGUAUGGCAGUCGGCUCUGGGGGGAACCCCUACAAAUGCUGCAGCUAAUGCAAGUCUGAACCCACACGAACCUUCGGCCACUCAUGAUUCAUCUACAGCGCGAAACAGUGCACCUACAGGCCGUAGGAUACUCGUACCGACAGGACCACCUCCCGUGAUGCCCGUUCGUAGUCGAAUGUCUUUUUCAUCCAUUCUUAAUGAGUCGGAGUCGCCGCGGGAUGAUGCUAUUCUUCGAGGAAACGGGUCAAUGGUGGUCCGCCAACAGGAAUCACCCCGCAUGUCCGAACAACAACGCCGCCAUGGGCAAGAACAACAGCAACGGGGCCAGCAGCUACAGUGUGAACAACAGCUACAGCGUGAGCAACAACAACAGCGUGAGCAGCAGCAGCAGCGUGAGCAACAGCAACAGCAACAGCGAGACCAGCAACAUCGACUGCAGCAGCAACAGAUGCAACAUCGACAACAGCCACUACUUCAUCUUGAGCACGCGCGCACAAGUCCGCCGUCUUCUGCUGAAUUAGCCCAAUCUCCUAUCCCUGUCACGAGUCCAACUGCGCACCUACUGCCACGAAGGUCUUCCGUGCCGACUCCGCACAACCGGAUGGGAUUGAUGUCAAGUCUUCUAAAUGUCUGUUCACCGGAGCGCAGGUCGCCAACUACCGGACACCAGUCUUCCUCGAUACAACAGCAGCAACUACAACGCCAAACGCAGUCAGGUCGCUACUACGACACAAGUCCAAGCAAUGCAGAGAGUGCAGGAACAGCAACACGAAGCACAAUUGCAACGAUGGUGAGCGGCAUGCCUGCGUCGUCAAUUAUGUCAUCUGCGAUGGCGCGUUCGAGUCCGAGCGGUAAGAUGAGCUCAAGUCACACGAACAAAUCAUCCACCCAGAUGGCCGUGCUGUCACGCACAUCUUCUACCUCGUCAGUCCUCUCGAAUACGCCACCACAAGGAGAUCCACGUACUCAGCAGCAGAUGUGGGGCUACGCGCCCCAAAUGCGGUAUGAGGAAGCUGAGUUACUGCGGCGAGCCCAACGUGCAGAAGAAGAGGCUGCGCGCGCGGCUGCGGCUGCCGCCGUCGCUGCUCGUGCUCUGCAGGAGGCACAGCAAGCACGACAGCAAGCUCUGGAUAUGGCAGCCAAUAUGGCGCGAUACAGCAGUGCGAUGCAACAGCAGCAGCAACAGCAAGUCCAGCACCAACAAGUGCAGCAACAACAAGCCCAGCAACAACAAGCCCAGCAGCAACAAGUUCAGCAGCAACAGGCUCAGCAACAACAGCAGUAUCAGCAACUCCAGCAGUACCAGCUACAAGCACAUCACCAUCACCAAAUGCACCAACAGCAACACGAGUAUCAGCAGCAGCACCAGGCCCAGCAGCUCCACCAGCAGCAGAUGCAGCAGCAUCAGGCACUCCAUCAUCACUUGCAGCUUAUGCAGCAGCAGCAGCAGCGAUCCGCGGUGUCCCCCAGCGACCACCUUCUUCAGCAGCAGCUGCAUCAACAGCAGCAACAGCCUCCUCCGCGGGGGCCGUAG